CGCGUGAAAGUGCAUUUCAUUGUCAGAAAUUGAAAACACACAGCACGUUUUAGAGCAUUGUUCCGAACAUAUAAAAAAGAUGGGGUAUAUGACGGUGGAAGAACAGACUGCCGAUCUCUUACACCUGAAGAGGUCACCUGGGGUUCGCUCUUGGUCAUUGCUUGUUGGUAUAGCCUCAGUCGGCCUGGCAGCAGCAUACUACAGUUCAGAUAGUGUGUUAUGGAAGCUGUUCUAUGUGACAGGUUGUUUCUUUGUGGCUGUGCAGAACAUGGAGGAAUGGGAGGAGGCUGUAUUUGACAAAUCCAAGAACCUGAUAGAGCUGAAGACUUUCAGUCUGUAUGCCAGGAUACUGACCCUGUGGCGGAGAGGUCAGGAGAAAGUGGUGUUAGACAUGCGUCACCUGCGGGAUGUGAGUGUGGAGGAAGAGAAGGUGCGUUAUCUGGGGAAAGGUUACCUGGUGGUGCUGCGACUGGCCACAGGCUUCUCACACCCUCUCACGCAGAGCGCCACGCUAGGAGGACGCAGUGAUGCGGAUGCAAUUGCUGCCCUGUUGAAGCGCUUUCUAGGCCUGGAGGAGCUGCGACAGCGCUGGGAACAGGAAGAAGAUGAUGUGGAGGAUGACGAUGAUGACAGCAGUAACUCAGAGGGUCUUGAUGAGCACUGACCUUUUCCUAGACCUUUGAC